AUGAGCAUCAAGGCAUUCGAGCUUGUCUCUGCCAUUGAGCGGGUAAAGCUCAUGUCAGAUAAAGCGAAAACUCAGAUUGAAUGCUUGGAUGUGUGUGGCAAAAAUAUUUAUAUCGGAACAAAUGACUGCUUUGUGGUACACUACAGCAUUGAAGAAAAGAUGCAUGCCAAUGGCAGGAUCACUUUUGUCACAGAGAAACAGGGUCACAAGUUCCUGGUCGUGAAAAAACCUGUGGUGCAACUACAAGCUGCCUCUGCACUGAACCGUAUCAUGGUGCUGUGUGACGCGACGCUAACCUUACUCAACAUGUUUGAUUUAGAGCCAAUAGUAACCGGGGCAAAGGUCAAAGGUGUGGCGUGCUUCUGCAUUAAUGAAAACCCAGUGAGAACAAACCCGUUCAGUGUGGAGAUUUGUGUGGCCUUGAAAAGAAAAAUGAUCCAGCUCUACACAGUGACAGAAGAUAGACUGAUGCACCUGAGAGAUGUCUCACUUCCUGAGCAGGCCUUGGUUGUUGGUGUUGAUGGCAUAUUUGUGUGCGCGGCCUUGACCUCCCAGUAUUGUAUGAUUGACACUGACAGUGGUCACAUCACUGAUCUCUUUCCUAUUGACCCAGAUCAGAUACGGCCAAUCAUCAAAAGGAUCAGCAAAGAAGAGUUUUUGCUAAAUGGUCCAAAUGCCCUGGGCAUCUUUGUCACCUCUGCUGGUGUGUCCCAGCGACCGCCCAUGCAGUGGUCAGAUGGUGUGACAGCGGUCUGUUUUGUACACCCGUAUAUACUGGCCAUGAAUGAUGAGUUCAUUACUGUUCACAGUAUUUUGGACCAACAGCAGAAACAAGCCAUUCCUUUCCAAGGUGGAGUUUUCCUUGGAGACUUUGAUGGACGCAUAUUUGUUGCUUCUUGUCGUGAGAUCUACGCCCUACUCCCAAUACCUUUUGAAAAACAGAUCCAAGCUUUGCUUGCAGACAAGCGUGUGCAAGAAGCUUUAGAUUUGGCUAGAAAUGCCAAUAAAACUGGCAUGACCCGAGACAAGUUCCUCAAGAUGUUCAAAAGAAUCCAGCAACAAGCAGCGUUCAUUGAGUUCUCUCAGCAGCGCUUUGAGGAGGCCAGCCAGCUGUUUCAGGAAAGUGCUGUCGAUGUCAGAGAGAUCAUCAGCCUGUACCCACACUACCUGCCAGCCAACACUAACUUCACACGCUCGGUGCCGCCCUUGCAUGAGAUCGCUGACAUCAAUCAGUUAUCCAAGUCUGAUGAGAAGGUGAAGGCCGCAUACAAACAUUUUCUGCAAACAUUCCUGGAAGAUAUUCGCGGUACAAGCUUGGCACAUGGUUAUAAACGAGAAAUCGAUGUGGCCUUAUUGAAACUUUACGCGGAAUCGGCUCCAGAGAAAUUGUCGGAGCUCAUUUCCGUGGAUACAGGCUGUGAUUUGAAUGAUUGUGUUGAGUGGCUGGAGAAGUAUCAGCGCCUGCAUGCAUUGGGCCUGUUGUACCAACACCAUGGAGAAUAUGACAGAGCUCUUACUGUGUGGACUAGAUUGGUGGACAGUAACCAGAGUGAUCCUUCCUUCCCUGGCUUGGAGUUUGUGGUCGAGUUUCUUGCCAGCCUCCCAGACCAUGAGCUCUUAUGGAAGUAUGUCGACUGGGUGUUGGAGAAGGAUGAGGAGCUUGGUGUUCGGAUUUUUACUGACAGGCCAGCCAAUGAAGCCGUGUCUGAGCGACUGCGGCCAGAGACUGUUGUAGAUUACCUGCACAGGUUUCCGCGGGCUGUGAUUACGUAUUUAGAAUACCUGGUCUUCCAGAGACGACUUGAGAAAGAGAAGUACCACACACAUCUGGCUGUCCUGUACAUGGAGGCAGUUCUGAAACUCAUGGAAGGCAGCAGCAGACAGGAGGAGCUUGACAUUGCCAGAUCCAAACUGCGCCACAUGUUACAGAUGUCCAACUUGUACCGUGUGCAGCUGAUCCUGGGCAAAGCCAAAGAGAAAGACUUACAUGCUGAAUGUGCUAUACUCUAUGGCAAGUUGGAGGAACAUGAGAAAGCUCUGCGGAUCCUAGUGCACAAGUUGAAGGAUUAUGGAGCAGCAGAGAAUUAUUGUGUAGUCAACUCUCAGAACAAGGAGCCCGGCUAUUGCAAGCGCUUGUUUCACAUGCUGCUUAGUGUUUAUCUAGACCCCACAUACGAGAGAAGGGACACAUUGGUGGCCCCUGCAAUGGCUUUAUUGAACAGUUCUGUGGCUGAGUUUGAUACAGUCAAGGUUUUACAGUUGUUGCCAGAUAGUUGGUCUGUGGGACUGCUGUCACAGUUUCUUGCUCGAGCUGUCCGUACCAGCAUGCACAACUGUCGUAUGACCCGUAUCCAGCGUAUGAUGGCCAGGGGAGAAAAUCUUCUGGUCAAGCAAGCAUUCAUUGAAAUACAGCGAGAUGCCAUUAUCAUCAGUGAUGAGAGGCUGUGUGCUGUGUGCAACCGGGCUUUCAACAACCCGAGUUUUGUCCGCUACCCAAACGGAGUGGUCACCCACGUUCAUUGUGCUAAGAACAAGUAUAUCUGUCCCGUCUCUGGGAAGCUGUUCAGUGCCAGGAAGAGAUGA